AUGUUUCGCUCUCUAACAAAUCUUUGUCAAAAAAAUUUAAAAUCAUCAUAUUAUUUAAGAAGACAAAUUUUAUUCUUUAACCAUAUAAAUCAUAAUCAUAUAAAUCAUUAUAGAUUUAAUUCAACUAAUAAACUCUCGGAUUUCGAUGGGUUGGUUUUGGGUACUUAUAAAGAUGGAUCAUUAUCUGAGAUAGCAUCAAAAGAAAUUUCAAAUAAUAUUCAACAAACUAUUAAGCAACAACUUCAAUGUGCUGGAGUUAAAGGAAAAUUGGGUGAAGUAAGAGUUUUAUAUGGAAUUGGCAAGGAAGAAGGUUUACCAUCAAAAAUUGCCAUCGUUAGUUUGGGAACUAAAUCCGAAAACCUAAAAGAUUCUUUAAAUAAAGCCCGUGUUGCGGCUGCUGCGGGUGUUCGUACCUUAUGUGAUCAAGGAGCUAAGAAUAUUGCGAUUGAUGUUAUGACCAGUGAACACGGUGUAUCUGAAGGUGCAACUCUUGGUCUCUAUAAACCGGAUAAGUUAAAAUCUAUUCAAAAUCAAGAAGAAUCUGUUAAGAUUUCACCAUUUGGAUCUUUAAAUUCAAUACAAGAUUUCACAUGGGAGACUGGAAAUUCUCCAGCAAAUCAUAUGACACCUACUAUUUUUACUGAAAAUGUAAAAUCUUUUUUAAAAGAUCUGCCGAAAGUUGAAGUUAUUGUUAGAGAUGAAAAAUGGGCUGAAGAAAAAAAAAUGGGUUCUUUCCUAUCCGUUGGUAGAGGUUCAAAUGAACCUUCAAAGUUUUUGGAAAUUCAUUAUAAAGGUGGAAAAGAAGGCGAUAAACCUUUGGCCUUGGUCGGUGGUAUUUCAAUCAAACCUUCUAAACACAUGUCUGAAAUGAAGAUAGAUAUGGGUGGUGGUGCGGCAGUAUCAGCUGCAUUAUAUGGUAUAGCAAAACUUGAAUUGCCAAUCAAUGUGGUUGUAACUGUUCCUUUAUGUGAAAAUUUACUUUCUGGUCAUGCAACAAAACCAGGAGAUGUGGUUAUUGCCAUGAAUGGUAAAUCUAUUGAGGUUGAUGAUACAGAUGCUGAAGGACGUUUAAUCUUAGCUGAUGCAUUAUAUUAUACGAGUUCAACAUUUAAACCUCAUAGUCUUAUUGACAUUGCAACCUUAACAUAUUCAAUAAUGGCGGGUCUUGGUACUGAUAAAUAUUCUGGAGUUUUUUCUAAUUCUGACAAAUUAUGGGAAGAACUUUUUAAAGCAGGAAAAAUAACAAAUGAUCAUUUUUGGCGAAUGCCACUUGAUGAUUUCUAUUUAAAAGCUAUGACUAAAUCUGAUGUAGCAGAUUAUAUUAAUUGUAGUGAUAGUGAUUAUGGAGAUGCAUGUAAUGCUGCUAUUUUCCUUAAAGAGUUUGUUUAUGGAUUAAGUGAUGAAGGAACUGUAGGCAAGGAUAUUACUUUUAUUGAUAAAGAAAAAAAAGAUGAUGUAACCAAAGGAAAUAUUAUUGAUAAGGAUGCUGAUGAGAUUAAUAAAAUCAGAUAUGCUCAUAUUGAUAUGGCAGGUAUUAUGAAUACCAGUGAAGAUUCUUGUUGUGAUGUUAAAGGCGCAACUGGUCGUCCAACCCGUUCUAUUAUUGAAAUUGCUAGAAGGAUAGCUGUUUAUAAAUAAAUUUUUUGUCAGUACGUAUGAAUAAUUUUCCUACUUUCAUAGAAAGCUGUAAAUAUAAACUUAUUGUACUUUUAUGAAGUUCACUCAACUUACUUAAUAAAUUUUAAGUAUUGAUUUCAA